AUAUGGGGAAAUACUCGUGAGAAUAUGGCCUAAUGCAUCCUAUUGAUGUAAUUUCUAACCUCACCUUUCAUUUACUUCGUUUGCUAACAAGAUGGUGGAAGUAAUGAAUUAAUAAGCGAUAUUUAAUCGAGUGUUGCAAUGCGUGUGAUUUAAGCAGCCAUAUGUAUUCAGUUUUAGUAAUGUAUUAAUUAAAUGUUAUCAAAACAUUAACGUUUUAUAAAGACCUACUCGAAUAUUUGAUCUUUUCCUACUUAAACAUUUUUUGGUUUAUUUAUUUUACAUUCAUUACUUUACGUCUUCAAAAAAAUGUCUUCAUUGCUUUGUAAAAAUUCCGUUGUACGAAUUUACCAAGAGGUAAUAGAAGAUGUUAUUGCGGGGAUAAGAGACCAUUUUUUGGAAGAUGGUGUUGACGAAGUGGUUCUUCAAGAAUUGAAGCAAACAUGGGAGACCAAACUGAUGAGCACCAAAGCUGUUCAAGAAGAGACUGCUGAAAAAAAGAAAAUUGAACAUGCUCCUAGCAACGGUUUUCCUAAAGUUGUUAAUAAUCCAAUGCCUCAACAAACUGCUCAACAACCUGUUCAGCAACCCGUGCAACAUCUCCAACCUACACUUCAACAUCUGGAUAAAAUGGUACCUAUUCAAAUUACUCUACCUCCCCAACCGGGUUCAGAUGGAGCACAAAGAGUGUUAACCAUUCACGUACCUGGUUCAGCUCUCCAAGGAAACCAAUUACAGAAAGUCCUCACUGGACCAGUCAUAACGGCUACUAUGGGUUUGCCUGCAAAUAUUGCUUCUUCAUUGCUACAACAGCAUGUCAAUGCCGCUUUUAACAGCCAACAACAAGCAGCAGCUGUAGCUAUUGUAAAUAAAACUAUUCUUCAGAGUGAUGGAGCAAACGAUGAUUAUAUCGAUAUAUCAGAUGAUGAGAUUGGAUUACCAAACAAAACGUUAUCAAGGACUGAUAGAGAUAGAGAAUUAGAGGAAAUGUUAGAAGAUGGAAUUAGUAUAGAGAUUAUUUUACCUAAAAAUAGAAGAAAGAAAGUUAAAGAUACGAAUAAAAGAACAAAGCAAGAAAUGAUUUGCCAGCUGGAUGGUCCUAAUGAUACCUCUGAUGAUGAUGAAGACGGAUCUGAUGAUGAUAAUGACGAUGAUGAUUUAGACGAUGAUAAGGAUGAAGAUGAUCAAGAAAUGGAAGAUGAAGGUGGCGAAGAAGAACCUCUAAAUUCCGAAGACGACGUCACAGAUGACGACCCCUCGGAGCUAUUCGAUACCGACAACAUCGUUGUGUGUCAAUAUGACAAAAUCAUCCGAAAUAGAAAUAGAUGGAAAUUUUAUUUGAAGGAUGGUAUAAUGAACCUGAACGGAGCGGAUUACGUCUUCCAGAAAGCUAAUGGUGAUGCGGAGUGGUAGUUUUGUGUAUAUUGUUAUUUAAAAGAACAUAUUAAAGAGAAAAUGUUGCCUGUUUGGAUGAGAUGCUAGUUUUUUCGUUUAUAUUGAUUUAAAUUUUCAAUUUUUUGACGGCGUUUUUAUCUUCAGUCAAGUUAUUAAUCGAAAAUUAAUUUCCAUGAUUAUGAUGAUAAAACUAGAGAUAAAAAAUCGGUCAUCAAAUAAAAUUUUUUUUCUUUUUGUCUAGCAAAUAUUUGAAUAAAAUAAAAAUAUACUUUAUUUAUUCCAAAAAACUUCUUUUGACUUUUGGACAUUUCUUGAUAUUUAGCUAACUACAAAGUCUGAAAAAUUUUAAAGUGGACUCCUUGGCAAUCUAAGAAACUAUAAAAGUUUUAUGUUAUAUAUCAGUAAUAGAUGUCUACGCAGCAACAGAAGAGGCCAUUGACAGAGGCAAGAUAAAGUUCUAUGAAAAACGCUACACAAACUCCUUAUAUAUCUCAAAAUAAUUCUAAAAACUUCUAGAAAAUAAAAGAACAAAACAGAAAAAUAAAUAGACCUUCCUAGAAAGAAAAGAAACAAUGUAAAUAAACCGCCUGCUAUAAUAAAAAGCAAACAUCAAAAGUGGCGCGUCCGUCGAAUUUUAGAAUUCCAUAAUUACCGCACAGGUCCGGCUUAAGUACCCAUUUCGUGAACUUGUUCGAAACAAUACCAAUCACCAAAAACAACAUGCACGAAGUAAAAAAAUACUGUCUAGAAACAAAUUUGAGGAGCUAAUCAAUUUGAAAUUCAUAUGCCUACAACCAUUAUAUAACAUUUUUCACCUGGUAAAUGCCAUUUAUAAUUUUCAACUUGUGUAAUUUUACUGAACUCUGUGCUUUAUGAGUUACGAUGUGUGCAAGUGCAAGACUGUAGGAGCAGCUAGAAGGGGAAUCGGAGAUGUUCGUGCUAUCAGAUCUAUUCAAGAGAUGCAGACUUACGGCCAUCAACCAGCAGGUUUAAUUUAUUAAGUUGUUGUGGUAUCAAUGGACAGGCUACACACAGCUGUAAUGGUAUAUUUGAAAUGAAAUUGAAUGAAUUUUGAAUUGAAAUUUUUUUUAAAAAACGAAUCAAAACAAAUUUAAUAUUAAUGCAAGGGACCAGACAAGAAGGCUUGCCCCAUAACCAGUACUGACAUGGCUGAUUUGGUUUUCAGUUUUCUAUUUGGCAGCACAAGCGGCAUUAUCUGGAAUGAUAGUUAUUGCACCCCAUUUUGUAACCUAGUGCUGAAGAUGGCAAAUUCAAAUAUUUCUGUUGGUCCACUCCACAACACAACUUUGGCGAUUUUGAUUAGCUCUGAAAAUUUUGCGUUACUUUUGUGGUGAUUUGUAAAAAUAUUUUGUUUUAUUGGUUCUACUUUGUAUUAACAUAAUUUACUAAGCAUUAAAUCGAUAUAAUGUUGUUUAAUUU